AUGGAGAUGUGGGCAUCGACAAGAGAAUACUUUAAAGGCUGGCUUGGGAGCGGCCAGGACCAGCGAAAGAGGGAACAUGGGUCGCUGGACAAUUGGAGACGGCGGCAGGAAUAUGCGGAGGGCAGUGGUAUUUCGGCAAAUCGUGCAUCUCACAGGAUUCGCAAGCCACAAGCGUCCCGCAGGCCAACUAAAAGUUGGCGAAAUGACUCCAAAACUGCUGCUCAGCUAUCACAGGGCAUUUGGAACACUGUAAAGGGUGUUUUCUCGACGAGGGAUCAGGACUUGCAACAGAUGAAAACAGCUUACGCCGAUUUCAAACUUCAAGAUCUAGCGGAAAAAACCAGCAGGACCAGGGCACAGGUUCAAAGGCGGAUUGCGACCAGUGCGGCGCUGAAGCGGAAGGUCCUGGAGAAGAAAUACGACGAGAAACUUCUACAUGAGCUCCGGCGGGGACGGAGUCCUGAGAGGAAAGUGGGGUUGCGGACAAAGCGAUCGCGCAAUAUGGAAACGGACAAGUUCGUCAUCCUCCAGCACAAGUUUGACUCACUGGCCUCCAAGGUAACAUCCCUAGAGAAUGAGCUGCAACUGGCACGAAAGAAGCUGAUGUUUGCGCGCGAGAAGAAUGCUUUGCUGGAAAGUUUAUUGAAUGACGCCAAUAUAGACGACGAAUACGUCAAGUCCAGAAGACGCAUUUCCAAUUUACAGAGGGCAGACUUGAAACCUGAGCCAGGUGCGCUACCACCGUCCCCGAAGCGCGCUCUCAGUCCGCUAUACACCUCCAGUCCCGCAAGGCUGCCGAAUUUUAAAUUCGACGUCCCAGGCAUCGAUGCUGUCCAUGACGUCGAUAAAGAUGCGCGUUUUGGUGACCCUGGUCUUGGAGAAGGAGAUCCGCUGUCAGGAUUUUACGAGAAAUAUCCCAAAAUACCAGGUACUGAACUUUUAAAAAAAGAUCCAGAAACCUCACUCUCACCUAUUAGGCUCGACUUGUCGAGGUACUCAAAUACCAGGGACGCUCCGGACAAUUAG